CGAAGUAUAGGCCAUUACCAAAGGACAAUUGUCCAUAAUGGGCUUGUUCUACCCACUAUGGAGCAGAAGAACAUACAAUGGAAAGAAAAAUUAGUUUUGAAAUAUUCCAUUGGAUCCUUUUUUGUUUAGAUCCCAAGAAAUGCAAUAAAUGCCAAGAGCAACAACAACACUAAAGGGAAUGGAAUACAAAACCAUUACAAUGAAGCCAGCAACAACAACGACACAGCUACACAUUUUACAAAAUCGUCAAUGUCUACUACACGAACUGAACUGAACUGAAAAAGGGUCUUCAAAAUUCCAGGAAAUAAACAAAAUUCAAGCGAAGAAUGGUGGUAUAAAUGUGAAUAAAGGAAAAUUCUAAACACAAAGGAUAAAAACAACAACAGCAACAUCACGAUGGACUACAACAAAGAUUGUUUGGCCAUGAUUGGAUGAUGAUAUUGUGCAUGGAUGGAUGGAUGGCUGGAUAUGUGUGUAUAUGCAUGGCCCCAAAGGAAGAAAUACUCUGCACGAAAUUGUUCGAUUAGACGUCGUGGCAAAGGGGAAUCGAAAUAUAUGGCAUAUAAACAAGUAAUGCAUAAUAACCACCCCACGAAAUGGCUUCGCAUACCCUUAAGGAAAUGUUAUUAUCCAACUUUUGAUAUACACAUGUAUAUUUGUACAUAUGUAUGUAUGUAUGUAUAUAGCAUUCUCACCACGGAUUGGGCAGGAAGUACCAUUGAGCUUAACACCGAUUUACGACGAAAUGAAAUCGAUACCUUUUACAAUCCACCCAAACCCUACAGGGUGAUAGAGAAAAAUGGUCGGGAAAAUGUCAUAUUCAAGAGGCUGCCGGAGAAAUCAUGGCGUUAUAUAAGAGAUUUCGUGACAACGCUGAUCGAAUUAGAUUGGAAAUACAUGCUAGCCAUGUUCAUUGGCAGCUACUUCCUUAGCUGGUUCGUUUUUGCCAUUCUCAGCUAUAUGGUCGCCUAUUCACAUGGCGAUCUAAUGUAUGACGAAGUCACCGGUGAACGUUUGGGCGAGGGAAAAGAUCCCUGCAUUAUUGGCGUCUAUGAUUUCACCUCGACCUUCAUUUAUUCGAUGGAAACUCAAACCACCAUUGGUUAUGGUGAAAAAUAUCCCAGCGAAGAGUGUCCCGAGACAAUGUUUCUAUUCAUAAUGCAGAUUGUUUGUUCCAUUGCCAUUGAGGGUGCAAUGGUUAGUAUCAUUUAUGCCAAGACGGCCAGGCCAGCCAAACAAAUUACGAAAAUGAAAUUUAGCAAUAAAGCGGUGAUCUGCUAUCGUGAUGGUAAAUUGUGUUUGUUGUUCCGUGUCUGUGAUCCGCGGGAGCAGCACAGCAUUGAAACAAAGAUACGAGUCUAUAUGAUUAUCGACAGACCCACAAAAGAAGGCGAACUCAUUAAGACCCAUGCCGAAUUGCAAUUGGAAAACGAUGGCCAACAGUUGAUUGUGUGGCCGGAUACUGUGUGCCAUGUCAUCGAUGAGAAUUCGCCGAUGCGUCACUUCAAAUGUGCCAAGGAUUUGGUUAAUGCCCAAUUUGAAUUGUAUGUCAGCAUUGUGGGUGUCUCACCGGCCACAGCUCAAGUGACAGAGGCUCGAACCUCGUACAUACCGCGUGAAAUAUUCUGGGGUCAACGUUUUGUCAACAUCAUCAAAUACGAUUCGCAAAAUGAACGUUACGAAGUGGAUUAUAGUAAUUUCAAUACCACAAUAUCGGUCGAUAUGAUGAAUUUCCACGAAGCCAUAAAGGAGCGCAAAGAAGAUUGAAACUCGUUGGAUGGAUGGUUGGUGGGAAAUCCUAUCUUAUGUUAAUUAAUUUUAUAUUGUUAUAUACGAACCUAUGUUUUUUGGUUAUUUACAUACCUAACUCCGUAAUGAUUUACUAACCACAAUUGCCGAAUAAAUCGAUAUCUAUAUCCUUUA